GAGGUGCAACAAACGCCAUCUUUUUACCGACUGAUCUCAAAAGAUGUGUUCUUAGUAGUGUUAGUUAAUACUUUUAAACGCUUACAUAAUUGGAGAUCUUGAUCGUGUUCGUUUAAUGAACGAUUUUUUUUUUACAAAUAAAGUACAGAAGGCUGCUGCUUUUAUUUAAAUAAAAACGAUUAAAUUUCACAGAAAUUGUAUUUUAAAAAGAGCGGGAAAGUAAAACCACACUACAAUACACGGGUGUAUAAAUUUCAAACAUUAUGCUAUGGGUAGGGCUACCGUUUUAGCCACUUUGAUUGGCUGUCUUACGUGUUUACUACUCCAAUGAAAUCCAUUCAUGGUGUUUGUCCAAUCAGCACCGUUUGCCUGUUGCCCUUAGCAAAUUAGCAUAGACAGAGAAUAAAUACUUCUUCACCAAAGCAGGUCGUUACACGCUUUGUCGUACCGUCUUGAGUAAUCAUGCCUGAGCCAGCGAAGUCCGCACCCAAGAAGGGUUCCAAGAAGGCCGUUACUAAAACCGCAGGUAAGGGCGGUAAGAAGCGCAAGAGGUCCAGGAAGGAGAGCUAUGCUAUCUACGUCUACAAAGUACUGAAGCAGGUUCAUCCUGACACCGGGAUUUCCUCUAAGGCCAUGGGGAUCAUGAACUCUUUCGUCAAUGAUAUCUUCGAGCGUAUCGCCGGUGAGUCCUCUCGUCUCGCUCACUACAACAAGCGCUCCACCAUCACAUCGAGAGAGAUCCAGACCGCCGUGCGUCUGCUGCUGCCCGGUGAACUUGCCAAACACGCCGUGUCUGAGGGGACAAAGGCCGUCACCAAGUACACCAGCUCCAAAUAAAGUUUCCAGCUUUUCAACAUCCAAAGGCUCUUUUAAGAGCCACCCAUUUUAUCAACUAGAGAGCAUCCAGUUUUGUUCUAAGAAUUAAGUGUUAUUGCUUUUGUUCAAAUGUUUCAACAUUA